AACGCGGCCCAAUUAGUUUCCACAGUCCCGUUCUCUGGGAAGUCCCAAAUCGCUAGAACAUUCUGAGUUGUGACUCUACCAUCGGCAUAGCUCUGAGCUCUGGCGGCUCUGCUUCUGAGCUCCGGCUACUAUUGAGGAUUCUGAACCGUUUUACUGAACAUCGCUCUCUUACACUACAACUUCCGAAAUGGUCCGGUCCAACGCCGCCCGCCUUGCCUCCCGCCUCGCUCGCGCUUCCUUUUCGUCUCACCUUCUCGGCGACUCUUCUUCUGUUUAUGAUUCGGUAUGCGCAGCUGCAAGGGGAUAUAUACAGUUUAGUGCGUCAAUAUGCGAUCAACAGAGAGUUUUGUCCAAUUCGAUUUCGGGGAAUGGAGCUAAUAGAAGAGGGAGGCUGAACAUUGGGCUAUCAAAAGCCAACUUUGGUGCAACUAGAUGCAUCCAUGCCACAGCACACAUGUCAGCCAGAGAUUAUUACGAGGUACUUGGCAUAAGUAAGAAUGCAACUGCAUCUGAAAUCAAGAAAGCUUAUCUUGGGCUUGCAAAGAAGUUGCAUCCAGAUGUGAAUAAAGAUGAUCCAGAAGCUGCAACAAAGUUUCAGGAAGUUCAAAAGGCUUAUGAGGUUCUGAAAGAUGAUGAACAACGCCAGACAUAUGAUCAGCUUGGUCAUGAAGCUUAUAAUAGCAUGAAGGAGAACAGUGGUGGUGGUCCUGGUGGAGCUGGGCCUGGUUUCGGUGGCUUUCCUGGUUUUGAGGAACUCUUUAGAAAUUCUGAUAUUUUCAACUUCAUGAACCAGAGGAUGGGUGGCGAAGAUAUCAAGAUUUCUGUUGAACUAUCCUUCAUGGAAGCUGUCCAGGGUUGCACCAAGUCUGUAUCAUUCCAAACUGAAUUACCUUGUGGUGCUUGUGGUGGAAGUGGUGUUCCCCCGGGGACUAAGCCUGAAACUUGUAGACGUUGCAGAGGGGCUGGCAUGGUGAUUCAGCAAAACGGUUUCUUCACGCUACAGACUACCUGCCCGCAAUGUAAAGGGGCUGGGAAGAUUGUAUCGAGUUUCUGCAAGACUUGCAAGGGAGAACGAGUAGUGAGGGGGCAAAAAACUGUGAAGUUGGAUGUUAUGCCAGGAGUUGACAAUGAUGAGACUUUGAAAGUAUAUAGGAGUGGUGGAGCAGAUCCUGAAGGCAAUCAACCGGGUGAUCUUUAUGUCACUAUCAAGGUUAGGGAAGACCCUGUGUUCCGGAGAGAAGGAUCUGAUAUCCAUGUCAAUGCUCAUCUGAAUAUGACACAGGCAAUUUUGGGAGGGACAGUCCAAGUCCCAACUCUGACUGGGGAUGUUGUUGUCAAGGUACGCCCUGGCACCCAGCCUGGCCAAAAAGUUGUCCUGAAACAGAAAGGGAUUAGAGCAAGAAAUUCCUAUUCAGUGGGAGAUCAGUAUGUUCACUUCAUUGUCAGCAUUCCAACGAACUUGACACACAGACAGCGGCAGUUGAUCGAGGAGUUUGCGAGGGAAGAGCAAGGAGACCACGAGAAGGAUGCUGCUGCAGGAGCCUCUGGGUAGAGCCAAUAACUCGGGUAGAUAUAGCGUUAGAAUCCUGUCAAUGGAUGCCAUAGAAAUUUUGGGUCCAUAUUUACAUUUUUGGUCUUUUUGGGGCAAAUUUGUGGUAAAGCAACCUUAGUAAGCAUAAUCAAAGCUGAAAGCUUUAUGGACAUAAGAAAUAGUGUGGCAUUUGAUCUGUGCCACAUUUUGUUGUAUAGAUUGAACAUCCAUAGUUAUUCUCAAAGGAGUUAUUAAUUGCAUAAAAUUAAAUCUGGCAUUGCAGUUUUA